AUGCCGGAAACCAGCGAAAAUGCCGAAAAGCUAAAAGCGUUAUCCACCCGAAAGUCCAGACUUCGUUCUUCACUGACUAGAAGUAUGUCAUACGUAAGUGAGAAGCUGGCAACGGCAGAUUUUAACGAAGUUAAAGUGAAAUUGACAAUGGUCGAAGAUAUAUAUAAAAAUUAUCUUGCUUUACUUGACGAAUUCGACAACUUCGAAGUUCCGGAUCUGGACCCUUUCAUAGAAAAAUUCGAAGAUGACUACAUCGCCAUUAAAGGUAAAUUAGAAAGCAGUAUCGAAAAAUUCUCUAAUAGCAGUGCUGUUCCAGGUUUUAAAAGACAGUGUACAACUGAAUCUGGUGGUAGCGGUAGUUGUUGUUCUUCUUCAAAAGCUACGAUUAAGUUACCAAAGUUGGAGUUGAAGAAAUAUGGUGGUAAUCUACUUGAAUUCGAAUCGUUUUGGUCUUCGUUCAACUCAGCUGUACAUAAUACUGAUUUAGAAGCAACUGAUAAAUUUACGUACUUGAGAAAUAACCUGGUAGGCGAAGCUGAAUUAUUGUUGAAAGGUAUGGGUACCACUGCUGCAAACUAUCCAAUCGCAUACGAAAUGGUAAAAAAGAAGUUUGGUAAUAAAAAGAAAUUAAUUGAUUUAUUAUACGAUAAUUUAACGAAAAUUCCAAAAAGUAACAAAUGGACUAAAAAUUUGCGAAAUACUUACGAUAAUAUUGAAUCGAAUUUACAUGCUUUAGAAGGUGUAGGUGAAAAUAUUCAAAACAACACCAUACUGUACUCGAUGAUUAUGAAGAAGUUUCCAUUUGAUAUAAUUAUGAAAGCCGAUUUGGAUGUUGCAAGUAACGAUUUAUCCGAAUUGAGGCAGAAAGUUGGCGAAUUGAUAUGGAAACAAGAGCAAUAUUGUGGUACUACAGAGAGCUUGAUAACUGGUGAUAGAAAACCGAGUAAAAAAUGUAUCUAUUGCGGUGAAACGUCACAUUAUUCCGAUGAAUGCAGCAAAAUAACGACAUUGGAAGACCGAAGAAAGAAAUUGAAUGGUCGUUGCAUCAUUUGUUUGAAUCCUGGUCAUCUCGCUAAAGACUGUACGGUAAACAAACCAUGUGUACAUUGUAAGAAACGUCGUAGUCAUCAUCGUAGUUUAUGUAUUAAAUUAUUUUCAAAAGAAGUUAGUAAUCCUGAACCAACUGAAUCUUUACUAAUGAAAGAUCAAGAAGGUAACCUGUUAGCAGCCACAAUCAACAUUGGUAAUGAAAGUCGUGUUCAGAAAGUUACCUCAAUUCUGGAUAGCGGUUCAAGAAGAUCGUACAUUACUACGAGGUUGGCCGAUAAAUUAAAAUUGAAGCCUCUUCAUUAUGAAACGAUUAGAAUUUCUACGAUUUGUUCCGAAGCUCCUCGAGAAAUUUCAACCAAGGUCGUUAGUUUAGAUAUUUUUACAAAUGAUGGUGAAAAAAUAAAAAUCACUGCAAAUACGAUACCUAAAAUUAUUAAUCGAAUAAAUCACCACGAUAUUAAGUUAGAUUCCAGAUUCAAGAAAUUCAAGCUCGCUGAAGUUGAUAAAAAUCUUGUACCUGAACUCCUGAUUGGAAAUGACUACAUGUUCGAUUUUAUGGUCAUGGAAAAAGUAAUUAUUGAUGAUUCAACUUCGUUAAUCAAUUCGAAAUUUGGAUGGCUGGUUGUUGGUCGAAUCGAUAAAAACCACGAAACUCCAGUUUUCUUCUCCGAGAUUGAAAUGGUAGAAAACCUAUGGAAAUUAGAUGCGAUUGGGAUAGAUGAUUCAACCUCAGUGGAGGAUAUUGGCGAUGAACUUGCGGUAAAAAGUUUUUAUGAUAAUAUAGAAUUGAUAGAUAAUCGUUAUGAAGUAGCUUGGCCCUGGAAAGAGUACCCUCCUGAUUUAAAAUCGAACAAAGGGCUCGCCUACGGUCGUUUGAAAUCUCAGAUGAGAAAAUUCGAAAAGAACAAAGAAUUAUUCGACGAAUAUGACAAAGUGAUCAAAUACCAAGAGUCUCAAGGUAUUAUCGAACGAGUCAACGAAUCUAUCAACGAUAAAGAAGAUUUAGUUCAUUAUCUUCCGCAUCACGAAGUUCUGACACCAGAAAGAAUUGUGAAGAAAAUUGAUAAAUCGUUCAAUUAUCGCUACGUUCCAUCUGCUGAAAAUCCUGCUGAUAUAGCCAGUCGCGGUGCAGAAGUGCAAGAUUUGAAUUCGUUCUGGUGGGAAGGCCCCACAUGGUUGAAAGAGAUGGAAGUUGCUUGGCCAAAGGCAAUGAAUUUACAAUUUGAAUCCGAACCUGAACCUGAACCAGAACCAGUACUUAUCUCCAAUAAUACAGCUGUAAUUCAGCCUCCUUUUAAAAUCGAUUGUACUCAAUUUAAAACCCUCAACUAUCUACUUGAUGCAACGUUAAGCUACAUGAAAAAUGUCAAUCCGAAUAAUAUUGUUCAGAAAACCGAAGAAGCUUUCAACCAGUGGAUUAUGUAUAUCCAAAACAAAAAUUAUCCUGAUAUUUCGCAACCUAAUCCGCUUGGUUUAAAACGUGAUUCUCAAAAUAUUAUACGUUGUCAUGGACGCCUGGUUGAAUCAUGUCUCGACGAUAAUGCAAAGUUUCCAAUACUUCUACCUGAGAAAGAAUACUUCACUCACUUAUUAAUUGAAAAAAUUCAUAUCGAUAACUAUCAUGUUGGCGUUUCGCAUACUCUCUCUGAAUUGAGAAAAAAUUUCUGGAUUCCAAAAGGCAGAUCGACGGUGUACUACGUUCUAAAAAAAUGUGCUAACUGCAAAUACUACGAUGGUGGUCCAUAUAAAUAUCCUGCAAUUCCUCCGUUACCUGAAUUUCGUGUAAAUCAAAGCAGUCCGUUUUCCUGUUGUGGUAUCGACACAUUUGGUCCUUUAUACGUCAGUGAUAACUCAGUCCAGAAAAAAGUAUUUGUUAGUAUUUUUGUUUGUAUGAUUACGCGUGCGAUUCACUUAGAACUUUUAGAGAAUAUGACCACUCAAGAAUUCCUACUCGCUUUUCGUAAUUUUAUAGCAUUACGCACAAUUCCAAAAUUCGUAAUAAGUGACAACACGCCACAAUUUAAAAUAACCAAAUCAGCUUUUGAAAAUCUUUGGCAACAAAUAAUUUCUGAUAAUGAUGUAAUAGAUUUUUGUAAAAAUAAUUUGAUAGAAUGGAAACUGUUGCCUGAAUAUGCCCCGUGGCAUGGCGGUUUUUACGAAAGAUUAAUCGGUAUAGUGAAAAUGUCGCUAAAGAAAACAAUUUUUAAUUGUAUAAUAAUAGAAAAUCAAUUGAGAACCGUGUUGUAUGAAGUAACUUCUGUUAUUAAUUCGCGUCCUAUUGUUUACGUAGGUGAAAAUGAUAGUAAUGUAUUAACACCUAAUGAUUUGAUGAAUACCAAAUUCGAUUUUAUUCCGGAUAUUGAUAAUGUUAAAAAUAUUAAACGUGAUGUAAUCGUAAAUUUAUGGAAAAGAUCUAACGAUAUUAUUAAUCAAUUUUGGAACGUUUGGAAAUUUCAAUAUUUAACUAGUCUUCGUGAACGUAAUAUUAGUAUAAAACAAAAGAAAAAUGUAGUAGACUUAGUUCCUAAAGUAGGAGAUAUCGUAUUAAUUGAAGGUGAUAAAAAAUUUUGUCCUAGAGGAGAGUGGAAAGUUGGUAAAGUAAUUAAUGUUAAUGUUAGCUCAGACAGUAAUGUUAGAUCAGCAAUCGUUGAAACUAAAAAUUCUAAACUUACCCGUCCCAUUAACAAAUUGUAUCCCUUGGAAACAUCGUAA